AUGGCGAUGUCUUGGGCACCUGUGAACCACUGGUCGUUUGCUUUCCCAUUCCGUAGAAUACCAAGGAACUUGGAAAUGGCCCUACUGCGUAGUCUGAAGGCAAUUGAAAAUCAGCUAAAGCUAUGUGGCCACAAGAGGGAUAUUGAUGUCGAGGAGCUGUUUCUUUCUCAAAAGGAACUGACAGAAGUCAUUGAUCUUUCUAGAUUUAAAAAAUUAAAAUACUUAUGGCUUCAUCAUAACAAGCUUCAUGAGAUAGGAUUUUUAACAAGAAACUAUUGUUUGACAGAACUGUAUCUAAACAACAACGCAAUUUUUGGGAUAGAAGGUCUGUGCAACUUGACAUGCUUGUCCAUUCUCCUGCUGCACCACAACGAGUUGAGAGACAUCAGCGCAACUGUGAAGGAGUUAACAGGAAUGCCAAAUCUGAGGAACCUAACUCUUUAUCAAAAUCCUUUGUGCCAGUAUAACCUGUACCGUUUAUACAUCAUCUACCAUCUUCCGGGAGUCAAGCUGCUUGACCGAAAUCAAGUUACAGAAAAAGAAAGAAGAUCAAUGAUUACCAUUUUUGACCACAAAAAAGCUCAUAUCAUUCAAUCAAUCACAUUUGGAAAAAAAGUAGAUGCCUCAUGGAACCCCAAAUUACCAUUACGUCAAAAACUGGUCCGCAAGCUACCAUCAGAUUUUGCAUUUGGGGAUAGUGUAGACAAGACUGUGUUUGAUGACCCAGAAGAUGCUGUGUUUGUAAGGUCCAUGAAGAGAUCAAUAAUGGCUAUUUCCUCCAUGAACUGGGAGACUGUUCCAACACGAGAGGAAAAAUACUUUCAAGAGGAAGGCACAGAACCUGCUAAAAUGUUCACUCUUACUCUGCGAUAACCCAGCAAUUCCAGAAAUCCUCAGAGUGCUCAA